AUGGCCGCCUCCACCAUGUCUGUCUGCUCCGACGCUUGUACUAACUCCUCCUGGCAGGUGGAUGACUGCCCAGAGAGCUGCUGUGAGCCUACCUGCUCUGCUACCAGCUGCUGUGCCCCAGCCCCCUGCAUUACUCUUGUCUGUACCCCAGUGAGCUGUGUGUCCAGUCCCUGCUGCCAAUCUUCCUGCAACAGCUGCUGCACACCCUCAUGCUGCCAACAGUCUAGCUGCCAGCCCGAUUGCUGCACCUGCUCCCCCUGCCAGCCUUCCUGCUGUGUGCCCGUUUGUUGCAAGCCUGUCUGCUGUGUGCCAGUCUGCUGUGGAGCUUCCUCCUCAUGCUGCCAGCAGUCUAGCUGUGAGCCCUCUUGCUGCACCUGCUCCCCCUGCCAGCCGUCCUGCUGUGAACCCACAUGCUGUGAGCCUUUGUGUUGUGAACCUGUCUGCUGCACGCCUAUCUGCUCUGGAUCCUCCUCAUGCUGCCAGCCAUCCUGCUGUGUGCCUGUCUGCUGCAAGCCUGUCUGCUGCACACCCAUCUGCUCUGGAUCCUCCUCAUGCUGCCAGCAGUCUAGCUGCCAGCCCUCAUGCUGUCAAUCCUCCUGCUGUGCUCCUGUCUGCUGCAAGCCUGUCUGCUGCAAGCCUGUCUGCUGCAAGCCUGUCUGCUGCAAGCCCUGCUCCAGUGUGUCCCUGCUCUGCCGCCCUGUGUGCAGACCUGCCUGCUGUGUGCCCACCUCCUCCUGCUGUGCCUCCUCCUGCCAGCCCAGCUGCUGCAAGUCCUGCUCCAGCGUGUCCAUGCUCUGCCACCCAGCCUGCUCUAGACAAGUCAGCUGUAGCCUCUCUUCUGGCCAGAAGUCCAGCUGCUGA